CAGACAGACAGACAGGCAGACUAGCUUCAAUGGUCACCAUGAGACACCAAUCAAUCCCCUCUUGUCUGUCUCUGGCUGUCCUACUGUGUUGUCUGCGGGGGUCCCGGGCUGGCGUGGUGGAGGACUUCAACCACGUGGAGCGCUGUAAGGACUCCUUGUACAUGGGCACCCCGCCGCGGGGCUACCAAUUCAGCAGCCCCCUGAAAAAGAUCUGCCAGCGUUACGAGGACAAGCCAUGCUUCGUCACCCUCUACGACCCCCACAAACACAUCCCCCUCUACUCGGCCUACAUCUUCAAGAAGUCUGAUGGGGAGAAGAGGGUGGAUUUUCCCUGGAUGUUUGAGCCGCAGUUGGCAUCAGAGAAGGGCACGAGCAACAUGGAGCCGUUCCCCCAGUCCUCCUCUCACAUGCACAUGAACUUUGAGGACAGCCAGGCCGUGCUGGAGGACUAUGCUGACGUGGUCCAGUACGAGCGCGGCCACCUCAACCCUGACGAGCACCAGGCCGACCCCUUGGACAAAGCCGCCACCUACACCCUGACCAACGUGGUUCCCCAGGUCCGAGAGUUCAACAUCGGCCCAUGGGCCGAGCACAAGGACCUCAUCCGCAAGCGUCUCAACAACUACUGCCGUGGCAAAGCCUAUGUGGUCACCGGGGUCACGACCUCUGGGAACAUGAUCCGUCGCAACAACGUGGACCGUGUUGCCAUCCCCGAGUACAUAUGGUCGGCCUACUGCUGCACAGACUAUGACCAGAAUGCACCCUAUUUCGUACGCUACAAGUUCCCGGUGUUCGGGGCCUACGGGAUGAACGACCGUGUCAACAACCACCUGAUAGAGGUUCCGGUGAAUAACCUGGAGAAAUUCCUCAAAGGAAGGAUGGACGUUGACAAGAACUUCCAGAUCUUCUACAAUGACUGUGUGCCUGACUCAUAGUGAGAAACCAUGCAAUCGUGCCAGUAGUCGCACCUCAAUGUCAUAUC